GCAAGUCACUCAGAAGAGCACACAACGCACAGGCGCCUAUGCAGAGGAGAAUCAUCACACAUUUAAAUGCAUACGGGUAUUCUCGCUUAGGUGCGUAGAUUCCUACCAAGCAGCAGCUUACACGUGGAAGGGCCGCUUCCCACCUGCCACAUCACUCAAGCGAAGAAAGGGGAAAACCAAAAUGGGGAAGGCAAACAUAAAGGACUACGGAAACGUGUGCAAGUGGUUUAAAAGGCUGAGCACCAAGAAGUCCAUGCCAUUGCUACCGGAGAAAAAGGAAGAGAGGCUGAAAAGGUUUACGAACUUUUCCCUUUACCAUAUAAUGGAAAAGUACGAGUUCGUUCCGAACCUUCUCCUGCAGACGGAGUAUUUGUACCCUCUUCUGCAGAAGAGCCCCGAGGCCCUGAGGCAGUCCUACUUUAACCACUACAAGCUGUCGAGCGAGGGCAACCGGGCGAAGUAGUGGCAAUGACGGCAGAGGUGGGUGAGCAAGCACGCGGAAGGGGGCAGCCCCCAGUUGAUCGUUACCCCAGGUGACCACGCCAGUUGGUAAGAAGGGCAACACAAAGGAUGGGCCGUCCUCCAAAUGAGGUUAACACAAACCGCCCAAUUUUCGCUACUUCCACUUUUGGGGCAACUACACAUUGCGCGCGUUUUUUUUUACAUCCUUCUACAGUAUGUGGUUAUUACUCUCGCCAAGCAAUACCAUCACCUGCGUUGCGAAGCUGUCCAAAUUUGCACUUUUUUUUUGUUAUAAAUGCAAAAUUGAGGAAAGCUUCCUCAACCA